UAAUUAAUUAUUAAAAUAUACAAUAAAUUAAAAGAUUCUCAAAGAAAAUUUUCAAUUAUUUUUUCCAAUUUUCCGAAAUUAUUUUUUAUUUUCCUUUUUUUUUUCUCUUACCUUCAUUGUCCAUUCAAAAUAAUAAAAAAAAAAAGUGUCCCUUUAAGAAAAUUUUACCUUAAGAGUGAAAGAGAUCAAUAUAUUUAUUAAAAACAAUUCCAUACAAAAGGAAAGAGAAAAAAAAAACAAUAAUGGUGGUGUAAUCACAGUUUUUCUUUUUCGUAAGGUAAAUUCACAGUGAAGUGUCAAAAAUAUAAUAAAUAUUUGUUGGAAGUGAAGUUAUUUUUGGGAGUUUUUUUUUUUUUUUUCCAUAAAAUUAUAAAUAAAAUAAACUACAAAUAAGAAAUCAAUAAGUAAUUAAAAGUGCAGUGUUUUCAAUAAACUGAGGUACAAAAGUGCGUACAAAAUUAUCGAAAUCUUCCCUUCUUUUUCCUCUCCACAAUCGAAAUUCCAUUAUUUGUGUGUUUCUACUCGAUUCGACGAGGUUUUGUUUUGAUAAUCGUCGUCGCCGGGUUUUCUUGUUUUUUUGAUUUUAACUUCAAGAAAAAGCAACAAAAUUUCACAUUUUCCGUGUGGAAUAGUAUGAUAAACAGUUACAAAGGUAAGUCGAGCUAACCUAGUUUUGGAACUUACAUAUUUCUUACUUUGGAUUGACGCACUUUAAAUUUUCUCAAAAUUCUGAUGGUUUAUUUAAGUGGCUGGCGUUACAGCGACCACGGAGCGGCCUUCUGCUCCACAAGCGCCUCCACAGGGCCCAUCAUCGCUGCAGCUAACAGAUGAGCCCCACAUGUCAAUUGUUGCAGCCGAAAAUGCAGGGCUUGGCCCAUGUGACCUACCAGAUCCUUGGGUACCACACACAACACAAACAACAGGUGUUUGCUCACUGCCAUUAUCAUCGCCGGCAGCUGCAACAGCAGCCGUUGCUGUAUCAACAGGUGUAGCUGCUGCUGUAUCAUUAGGCGGUGCAAAUUAUCAUCAUACACCAAACGUAACAUUACCAACAACAAAUAUUAAUAAUAAUAAUAAUAACAAUACAACAACAAGUAAUAAUUUAUUAAAUAAUAAUAAUAAUAAUAACAAUUCAAAUAAUAAUAAUAAUAAUAAAAAUUUAAAUUUAAAUAAUCAAUUAAUAUUGCAACAACAACAUCAACAACAACAAAAAGCUGCCACAGCCGCAUUGGCUGCUGCUAAUUAUCACCAACAUUCACCACAAGCGAAAAUUAUGAAUGCUGUUGCAUCACCGAUCUCAGCUAAUACAGCGACAUCAAAUCGCAAAAUUCGAAGAAAGACCGAUUCGAAGCCCCAAUCGCAAAUAAACAAAUGCAACAAUGAAAAACGCCGACGGGAAAUGGAAAAUAAUUACAUUGAACAAUUGGGGGAGUUCUUACAACUUAAUAAACGUGGUGACAUGACCUCAACGAAACCAGAUAAAGCAGCAAUUUUAAAUCAAGUUGUUAAAACGUAUCGCGAUAUCUGCGAUAAGGGUCAAUCUCGUGACAUUUCCUCGUCGUCGUCAUCAUCAUUAACAAACACAACAUCAUCCACCUCAGCAACUCCUGGGGCAUCUCCCUCACUAAUAACAUCAACAGCAACAGCCAACGCUUCCUCAGCAACCGGUUCGAAUCGUUGCGCUCGUUGUGCAACAGACAAUUGCACCAUCCACCCAGUACAACAGGGUGAUAUCUCAUCAACAGAACCACCACUGCCCGAACCAUCAUUGAAUGGUCAAGUGCCCGAAAUAUCGGCAUAUUUCGAAGCUAUCGAAUUUUACAUCUCCUCAGUGGGUUGGGUAUUGUUGCAAAUUAACUCAGACGGUUGCAUCGAAACUUGCACCCAAAACGUACGCGAUCUCUUUGGUUAUGAGAAGUCGGAGCUGCAUAAGCAGCCAAUAUACUCGUACCUGCAUAGUGCUGAUCAUGCCAAAUUGAAUCCAAUCCUAAAUACUAUGUCAUACCAAAAUAGCGCCGGUAAUAAUAAUAGCAACAACAACAAUAGCAGUAGUAAUAAUGCUCUGACUUUGGGUUGGGGCGAUCAAGAUGAUACUCAACAACAACAACAGCAACAACAGAUGCAACUUAAAGGCAAACGUAGCAUUUCGACAAAGGUUCGAAUGUUAGUCAAAGAUAGGGCCAAUGAUGCUAUGGACCAAAAAAGUCUCUCGCGUGGAGGCGGUGGCGGUGAGAAAUAUGAAGAAGUCGUAUUGAUUGCAGCGCCAGUUAAAGACGACGGCGAUGACUCAUCGUCUCUCCUCUGUCUAAUCACACGCCCCGAGGAUGAAUCACCGCUCGAAAUGAACAUCCAACAGCACGUUGUGCAGCGUUCCCUCGAACAGCUGACCUUUAAGCUGGAUGUCCAUGGAAAAAUCCUUCAAACAGACACAUCGGCGUUACGAACUGCCUUCGCCGAUUACAUAUCCAAAGCUCGUGGAAGUCUCAUUCAAGAUUUGUGUCACAUAAACGACCUUAGCAACCUAAAGUGUCACAUGAAAGAUGUGCAAGACUCUGGGGGCAAUGCAAAUCUAAAUAGUUAUACCUCGAGGCCGUUUCGGCUGCGUUUGGGAUCUCCCGAUGUGUAUAUGCACGUCAAGGCUAAUUCAAGACUUUUCCUAAAUAGCACUCCCGGCGAAACUGAUUAUAUCAUGUCUUGGCAAACUCUUCUUGGCCAAGGCGAUGAUAACAAUGUCAACACCAAUGCUGUAGCGGCUACUUCAAUGGUGUCGUCGAUAGCUUCAUCGAUGUGUCCUUCAUCGAUUGACUCAUCGUCGUCAUCAUCACAGAGUUUGAUGCCUAGCACAAGUCAUCAUCAACAACAACACACCACAACAACAAACGUUGGUGGCCCUCUGAUGACUUCGGUGAUAAAUGGUGGCGGUCAGGUGCAAGCCUCACCGCGAACCGGUUUAGUUUCGGCGUUUUCCAAUUCACCCUCAGGUCCAGAGAACACAACAACCAACUUCUAUAUGCCAGAGACGUUCGAUUUUGAUUUUCAACAUUCCUCCUUCGAAAUAGAAACUGUAGCGUGGGGCGAUUCGAGACCGAAUUCUCGAACUAGCGUUGCCACUCCGGUGAGCACACCUCGGCCGCCCUCCGGACAGGCUUUUAGUCCGGCUGCACAUGGCGUUUGUCAGUCGCCAUCGACUCCGUAUCAAAUGUCAUCGCAGCAUAGUGUGGCAAGUCAACCGAGUCCACAGCAGAAUAAUAACAAUAGCAACAGCAUCAACAACAACAAUGGAGCGUAUCAUGGUUUUGUGUUUCCCAAUUUUGAUGAUAAGGAUUCAUCAAUGGGAAAGGAAUCACACCACAAUAUGCUGCAUAAUAAUGGAGGAUCUAAUAACGGAAAUGGCAGCGGAGGCGGAGGUGGAAUGCCGAGUGGAUCUAGUGGCAGUGGGAAUAGUACGGAUUCGGAAAGGUUGCGCCACUUGCUAACGCUGAAACCAAAUCAACCAGCUGCUGGGCAGUCUGCAGGAAUGCAUGGGCCUGGAAUGGGAGGUGGAGAUGAUCCUGAGAAUGAAAAUCACAUACUCAAGGGUUUAUUAAACUCCGAGGAAGAUAAAGACAAUAUUGUUGCUUCUGGAGUGAUGUUCAAGAUGAAUGCAUCUGGCUUGGCUAAUCGAAUGUAUGGCAACACAAUGCCAAAGCAAACAAAUACCAAUAACCGUAUGCUGCUUUCGCUCUUGAAUGAAAAAAGUGAAGAUGAUGAUUCACAGUCUAAAGCCCGCCCGAGUAGUGAACUCAUGCGGCAGCUACAAAAAGACGACGGACCCAAAGACCAUCAUCACCACCUCAAUCAUCAAAACCCGAACAACAUGAGCUCCGAGGAUCUCAAACGUUUUCUCAAAAUCCAACUGGAAGAACCUGGCAAGCGAAAACGUCCCUCCAAUGAACCAGACGAUGGCAAAGCCGCUAAGCGUUCCGAUGACAAACCUUCAAAGUUACGCGAAAGCAAUAAAAUGUUGGCAUCUUUGUUGGAAAAAUCAACAAAAAUGCCAGUGCUUUCGUCAUCGCCGGGAGUUAAAAUCAUUCCGGACAUUGCGCCGUCAGUGAAUCGGGUCAGUAGCUCAUCCGGUUUGGGUGGGCUGCAGCUUAAAGGGCCUCCAACCAAUACAGCCAAUGUAGUCACUCAACAACAGUCAGCAGCCGCGGCGGCAGCAGCUGCUGCUGCGGCCGCAGCGGCUGCAGCAAAUAACUCGCAUGCGAAUACCACAACUGGCCGUGGACGCAAGCAGCCUUCCGAUGCCUACCUCACACAACAACAACAAGCUGUGCAACAACAGCAGCAACAGCAGCUCCAAGAUCAAGCCAAAAACUCCUCGCUCCAGUCACCAUCCGCGACCUCAUCAAUACAACGACCUCAAUCAUCGAGUGGGGGUGUCAAUUCCGGCUCCACCGCUGCCUAUCAAAUGGACCACCGUGCCUCCCCAUUCGGUUCAGCUACCUCAUCUACGUCAUCUGUAUCGGCCUCAGCAGCGGCAGCAGUUGCCGCCGCAUCGGCCAGUUCAGUGUCCCUGUCGUCCUUUAGUGGCAGCAUCUCAUCGGUAACAUCUGCCCCCACCUCAGCGGCCAUGGUGGGCGCUGGAGUUGGUGGUGGUGGUGUUACCAUUUCAACCAAUAGUCAAAUGCAUGCAAUGCAACAACAACAUCAGCAGCAGCAACAACAACAACAACAACAGCAGCAGCAGCAACAACAACAACAUAACCACCAGAAUUCUGAAUUUGAUCCCGAAUUAGCGAACAUUCUCAAUUAUGUCAUCGACUGUGUGCCCGAUUGUAAUAUUCCAGAACAACAAUUCGGCGGUGGCAAUUCAAACCAUGUGCUGUCGCAGCAAGAACUUAACGAAAAAAUCGCCAUCAAUGAGAUUCAAAAGUCAUUGAUGCAAGUCGAAGCUGCGGCAUUCAAUAGCCGACCGCCACCACCCUACUCACAGCAGCUGAGUGGUGUUGGUGGUGGUGGAAUGUCACAGCAGCAGCAACAGCAACUACAGAGUAUGCAAGCAAAUCAGGGUUUCCAACAUCCUCCGCCAAUGUAUCAGCCGCCAAGAAAUCUACGUUUCCAACUCUCGAAUGGAAAUAUUACCUCAAUUCCGGUUUCGCGAUUACAUCGUGAUCGAAUGUUGCAAGCCGCCCAAAAGGAACGACUUUUGCAACAACAACAGAAACAACAUCUUUUGGUUCCAGAGAGUGCAACAGCACGUGGCGACCAGUUGUGUCUAAAUCCAGGUCUGAACAACAUUGGUUCUUUAUUGAAUAAUUCAGUAGCGCCAAAUGUCUCAUUAUCUCGCAACAAUAUGCCACCUGACUCUCAACUAAGUCCAAGCUAUGCCCAAAGCAUGAUACAACAGCAAUUGAGUCCUGGACAAAGAGGUGCAGCUUUUAGUCCACAAUCAAAUGCAGGCUUCCAACAACAAUUUACCAACAAUGGUCAGCGUCUAUCGCCACAGCAACAACAACAACUCUCACAAAUCCAACAACAACAGCAGCAACAACAACAACAACAACAACAGCAAAUGGCCUUUCAAAAUGUCGUUGGAAAUAACACAGCUGCCCAGCUAUCCCCACGGCUGCCACCAUUCAAUGUAAAUGCUCAAUCAGUUGCCACAGGUGCUGGUGGAGUAUCCCCACAACAAUGGAAUGCAGCAUCAGCUGGUGGCGGUGGUGUAGGCGUAGGCAAUGGAGCCAACAAUAAUGGCGUUGGUGGUGGUGGAAAUAACAAUUCAAGGAUCUCCCUGCAGCAGCACAAUCCCAUGCUGAGUGCUCAGUUGCAGGUGGGACAUAAGGGAGUAAGUCCAUAUAGGCAAUUUCAAACACAAAGACGCUCAUUGAAUUCACCUGGUGGCGCUGGUAAUAUUCAACGACAAAACUCUUUUCCACAACAAACUGCUGAUGGAUUUCCUGGACCUACGUCACCCAGUCCACAAUCACCAUAUGGACCACCUGGGAAUGUGUUUAGCGCACAGCAAUUGCAGCGAAUGCAACGGCAAACAAGUGUACCUCAAGCCACGCAACAUUUGCCAGGCUCACCCCGUUCUUUUGGUGGAUCGGAUGGUACGGGCGGCGGCGGCUAUGGCAUGAUGUACAACAGCAUGCAACAUGCUGGACAAGGGCCACCGCCAAAUGAUUUCUAUGGUCGCAAUCAGACCGCUCUUGAUUUCCUUCUUGCAGCUGGUAAUGGUUCAAAUUCAUCGGAAUUCGUGCGACAAGAAUUGCGAGCAGUUGUCAGUGGGAGAGCGCAACAACAAACGGCGAACGCUGUCAAUAAUGGUGUUCCAGGCGGUGGUGGUGUAAAUAAUCCAAGUAAUUCUGGAGGUGGUGGCCAUAGAACACCACAGAGCCCCCUCGGUAUGGGCCAAGGACCGAUGGUGGGCGGGAAUAGUACAAAUCAACUUGGUAUGCCACAAAGUCCACAACAACAACAACAACAGCAGCAACAACAACAGCAACAACAGGGAGUUGUGACAGUGCAACAACAACAGCAACAACAACAACAACAGUUGACAGGGAAUUCAUUAAUGAAUACGCCACCAGAUCCAACAUUAAACUUCGGUUUCGAUAUACCACAGACACGCCCCACUGACCAGAGAUACACAGAGAGACGGAAAAAGUCAAAGAUCAGAUGAAUUUUUCAUGGUUUCAUGAAAUAUUAAAAAAAAAAUUGAAAAAUAUAUAAAAAAAGAGGUGUGUUUUAAAAAAAUUU